GUCACGAAUGCUUUACAAGAAAUCAUUCUAAUUUUAUCGAGCUAAUGCAAGUGAAUAUACCAUGGUGCUUAAAAUGUGGAGCGCACUUCUGAUUGUAGCGGCAACUAUUUACACCGGAAGUUGCCAGUGUCCAGUUGGUGCCCCUUUGAAGAUUUGCGACGUAGGCAAAGAAAGACCAUGUCCGAUAGGCUACUACGGCGACGGCUCGGGAAUCAAUAAUAUUUGUUACUGCUGUCGCCAAGCUUGUUGGGGCGGAGUUCCUAUUACCGAUAACUACGGACGGGUCAUCGAGUGUGGUCCGGGACAGAGGGGAAUCUGUCCCCGUCCCGACAUCACCACCUGUACCCGGACCGGAUACUUUGGCGCACGGUCAUUCUGCUGUCCCAUUAUGACAGCACUAAGUGGUUAGUCCGACAUCGUUUGCCGAACCGUUCAAUUUAUGUUAACUUGAACCUGGCAUAAAAAAUAAAGUAAAACAGUGCAAAUAA